GUUCAUAAAAACAACAACACCGCACAAAAACAAAACAAAAAUCAAUCAAAAAAACUUAUUUUAAAUGCAAAAUAUUUCAAAUAAAACACAAAAAAAUCAUAAAAUAUGACAAAUAUCGAGGAUUUACCGCCAGAACUAUUAAUUCACCUUUUCACCUACUUGACGCCGGAAGACCGACGAAUCGCCUCUCUGGUUUGCCGUUAUUGGUGCUACGAAAUAUGGAUGACUCAAAAAUUCGCCCGUGAUCGUCGAUUAAAAUUCGAUUUCUGUAAUUUUACCGAAAAUUCCGGUCCAACCAAGAUUUUCGCUCAAACAGAACGUGAAUAUCAUGAACUUGUCUUUGGCGGCGAAGCCAGAUUUUGCCAAAAAACAAAAGAAAAUUUUUUCGAAAAUAAUUUUCGUGGAUUAAAAAGUCUUGAAUUCGAGCAAUUUUUCAACUACAAACAACUUUUUUCGUAUUCGAAUAAUUUUUUGAGCAAUUUUCCGGAAUUGACGGAACUUACGUUGAACUUUGAUACGCUUCAAUUCACCACGAAGGACUUUGGAGCACUUCCAAAAUCCAUAAAAACGUUAAAUUUGGUGCUGCAUAACAGUUUGUACUCAAAAACGUCCUUCAACAUGUUCAAAGGACUCGUUUGGGAUAUUUUGCACUUGAAAGAACUGAAUUUGGAGUGUCAACUGCUGACGGAUGAUUUAACGGAUUUCAUCACAACUUUGCAGUUAUCCACGUUGAAGAGCUUAAAAGUUACCAUCGAUUCGACUUGUUACGUGAAUCUUUUUAAGCUGAAAUGUCCAAAUAUGACGGAACUUUUUCUCGUAAUCGAAGAACCGCAAAUCGUUCAAUUUUUGGAUGAAAUUUUAUCGAAAUUCCCUGCGUUGAAUGUUGUAAAAUUGCACGUUUUCAAAACGAUGCCACGUAGCACUUAUUCCCAUCUCAUCAAAUAUCUAAAAGUUACCGACCUCAAUUGUGGCAUGGAUUACGUGAAACCUCUGCAAUUUCUCACCGACCUGGAAGAACUCGACUUGAGCUAUUAUUUCAAAUCCGUGGCGCAAGGAAAUUGUUUUUUCGCUCACGAUCCUUAUCUGAACCCGAAUUUGCGGAAACUUCGUUUGUGUGGCUUCAACAAUAACGAUCUUAUCAGUCUCAUGUGCUUCGAGAAUUUAGUUAAAAGUUACCCAAACCUGGAAAUUCUGGAAAUGGACAUGCCUCUGUCCUCGCAACACCUGCAAAUGAUCAAUCAAUAUUUCCAAAAGUUAAAAUGUUUGGCAAUCCGAAAUACGGAUGUUGAUUCUCGUUACGUGCCUCCGUUGAAAAAUUUUCAAAACUUGACCGAAUUGCAUCUGGAGCAGUACAUUUUUACGAAUGAAGCGUUGCUGGAAUGGCCUCCGAUGGAACAUUUGAGAGUUUUGAGCAUCAAACUGGAUCAUGACUAUAAAUUGGAGAAUUUUGAGAAAAUGAUUCAAAAUGUGAGAGGAGUGGAAAAAUUGACAUUUAAUUAUUCGUCGGAGAUUGGAGAUGAAUUGAUGGGCAUUGUAGCGGAAAAUUGUAAGAGAUUAACGGAAAUAACGGUCGAGAAAAAUCACAAAACGGAGAGGUUGUCAGAAGAUGUAGUGAAAUUGUUGAGAGAAAAAUGUUUGUUUUUGAGGAAAGUUUCUUUUCCGUUUUUACAAGUUAAUAAAUUUUGUUGAAAUU